AUGCAGUAUCUGCGCAAAAGCAGCGGUCACAAGCUCCUCUCGACAGUCUCCAGCAACGCCGUCCGCUCGCAGCAUAUUACAGGCCCUCCUAUGGAGGAUAGGGGAGCACUCGAAACCCCGCCUUGCGAAACCGCCACCCCUUGCCAACCGGACGCACUGUCUCGAUACCGCUCUCUUCUGUCGAAACCACCAGAUAUUGACUGUCUGUGGGACGCCUAUCUCGCCGUAAAGCGACAGAACGAUCUGCACUCACAGCUCCUCCGAACGGACUUUCGUAAAGCGAUGGUGCAAAUCCAUACUUCGACAGUCAAUGAAAAAGCUGCGAUGCUGCGAACACUGUUGGACGACAUGCAAAAGAACGGGCUGCGACGCGGCGUCUUUGAUUGGAAUGUGUAUAUGAGGGCCUGUCUCCGCGAGAACCUGUACCGUCCUGCUUGCGACGCUUAUGCAGACAUGGUCGAUGGCGGCGUUAAACCGAAUGAAAGGACGUUCAUCACCCUGAUGCGCAUGGCGGCAGAGAGAAACAAUGGGGCGGAUGCCGAGGCGUGGUUUGCGAAACUCACAGCGAGCGAGUUGAGAGUGGGGCCACGGCCGUACAUGGAGCUGAUUAAAGCGUACAUCAACGAAGGAUCGGAGAAGAAGAUUGCGGAAGUGUUUCAGCAGAUGCGAGACGCCGGAAUUGUUGCUAAGUCUGCGGCGAUCAGUAUCAUGUGUACGGAAUGCAUCGGCAAGAAAAUGCUCCCGCCGUUCCAAAUACUGCUAAGGGAGCUGUUCACUAUCGAUCCACCACUGGCGCGGGAGUCUUUUGACAGAUGUAUGAAAAUCUGCGCAGAUAAAGAAGACGAAGACCUUCUCAACCGCGUAGCAUCCCUUCCCGAAACCCUUGGAACAAACGACGACGCUGCAUGGUUCCACGCAGCUCAAAUGAAGAACCGGAUGCUUCAGGGAGACUUCGACGGGAUGAAAGGCGAACUCAUCAAUGCGACAGCGUUAGGCUUUCGCCCUUCGACGGAGGACUUCAAUUUCCUUCUCAACGCUUGUAACAUGCACGACAAGGUAUCCGCGGUCGAAGGGAUUCUCAAUCUCAUGGGGAUGAUGGACGUGCCGUGGAACGAAGGGACGUACGCAGCACUCAUACGGGGCCGCGCUCGGCUGGGCAAUGUGGAGGCGGUAGAGGAGAUUCUGACCAUUGUGGAAGGUCCUUUACCGUUCACUGUAGCACAGCCAGCGCUGUCAUUGUACAAGGAUAUUGGCGAUGAAGGGAGGUGGCGAAACUGUUACAAUCGGGUGGUUGGCGAGAAGCUUUCGGUCGAUUACAAAGAAGUUCAAGCCUUGAUUGCACUUCAUCAAAGGCGUGGGAAUCACUUCCUGUUGUGGGUAAAGGAGCUGAUUAGCGGAGGCAGCUUAGAUGCAUCUAAGGCUACAAGGGUGCACCUCACGAAGCAGGUGCAACUUGCACAGCAGGACCAGGACAUUGAUGGAUUGCGAUGGAUCCUUCGGCAAUCUCGGAAACUCAACCAGCGGCUGAACGUGCCUGGGGUGACCGAACUGGCCUUGAAGCAUAUGGAUCAAGAUCUGAUCGAACACUGUAUUUACAUUGCCGCGCACCACGAGGACUUCCCACCCUUGGAAUUCGUCAACUUGGUACAAAAAAGCAGCCAGGUGACGCUCUCCGACGAUGCCCUGAAACAUAUAAAAUUGGCUUCCGUACGUCUCGCAUCCAAGAGAGUGCUCGUUCCUGCCGUUAUAUCAUACAAGCGGUCGCUUCCACCAACCGAGCGUCUUUCCACCCGGACACGGGACGUUGUGGUCUCAGCGCUCAUCGUCGCGGACCUCGAAGGCGCUGUCAGAUACCUCACAGUUUUCGGACCCGAAUCGAUCGGCACAGCCGAAAUCCUCCACACGGCAUUACGUAACGUUGCCUCGCGGGCGCAAAACGAACGCCCGCAAACGCUCGAAUCCCUCUUAACGCUUCUCCUCGACUGGAAUCGCUUACCACCCACACGCAUCACCAAUACUUCCCUCCGUUGGCUCGAGAAGCGCGGUGGGCUUAACCCGCGGCUCGCUCUUCGGACGCUGGCCGUCAUGGAGGAGGCUGAGAAGGUCGAUAAGGGCUUCGAGCCGAACGUCGGCACCUACCUUAUUCUGUUACGUGUCUUCUCAGACGGAAAACACAAGAACCUGGAACGGAAACUGUGGGACCGAAUGAGCAAGGCGCGACUAAAAAUGAGAGUCGACCGUACCCUGCAUACGACUGAGAUACACGCCAUUCUAUCGGGGAUGGAACCGAACAAGGUUCAGAAAGCCGCCGCGCGCCUCAUCCAGGCGGAAAAGAGUGCCGGGUCGUUGUCGAUGACCACCUACCUAGCACUCGUCAAAGCAUAUCUAGAACAAAACAAUAUCGAUGGCGCUCGCAAAACUUUGGAAAAACUGCAACAACGCGGGGGACAGGAUACAGUAGACAUCUGGAACGCGAUCCUGAACCACUGUCUCAAAAAAGACCUCCACACCCCGCUCAACGACACCCAACAGCGGAUGAAGCGGUUAAAAAUCCCGCUCAACGCCCUCUCGUACUCCAUCCUCAUCACCGCCGCCUGUCGACAAGGUCAUCGGCGUCGCGCAUAUCGGUUGCAUUACGAGAUGGUACAGGUGAAUAUGGAGGCUAGCGAGCAGCAUAUGGACACGCUGCUUGAAGCCCGCGCGAAUGACACGGAUAUCGAUGCGAUGACGAAACUAUACCUUGCGGCGCUCGACGGGGAGAAGAAGAUCGAGCGGGCGACUUUGAAUGCUGUUGCGGCCGCGUACGUGCGCGAUGGGGACAAGGAAUCCGUCAACGCCGUGUUGUCGGAGAUGAUGAGGCGUAAACUGGGUCCGGAUGCCACGACGUACGAGCUGCUUUGCGAGGCUUAUGGCGUAGCGGGCGAUGUGGAGAAUAUGACGGCAUCGUUGGCGAAAUGUCUCCUUGCGAGACCGGUAGGGCCGUUCACGCUUUCGUUUUUGAAUAGGGUUCUUGAGGCGCAUGCGAAUGUGGGCGAUGGGCGUGGGGCUGAGCAUUGGUUUCAUGCCAUUCCGGCUGCGGGAUUGGUUCCUGAUGCGCGGAGCUACAGGUUUGUGACGCAGGCGUUUGCGAAAGAGGGGAAUAUGGUCAAGGUUCAAGAAUACUGGACCACAGCGGUGGACGUUACCCCGCCCGCGGUGGACUCGUCAACAUUAUGCAAGAUCAUUGAAUGUUUCCUGAUGGGCAAUCACAUCGAACACGCUCGCACCGCCCCGAUCACACUCAAAAACGCCCAGCCCCUCCUCACCGUGGACGUCUACAACACCUUUCUCGCCCACUGGGCCUCCCGCUCCCUCACACAAGUCUCCGACCUCACGCACGCGAUGCACACCAACAACGUCCUCCCCAACGGCACCACCUGGCUGCAUCUCAUGUCCGCCCUCUGUCAUUCCCACCGGUACGUCGAAGCCUGGCGGGUCUGGACGGCCGUGCAGGCCCGGUUGGCCAAGACGCCUGUCCCGCGGGCGGAUAUGAUCACAGCCCCGGAGCUUGCGCCGCAUUGGAGUGUGUAUGAGGACACGAGCCGCGCGGAACUGACGCGGGUUUAUGGUGGGCUGGCGCUGCUGGCGUUGGAGAGGUGUGAGGCGAUGGGUCGGGUGGAGGAUGCGUGGGAGGUGUGGCGGGAGUUGAUGAGGCGGUCUGAGCUUGGGGAGGAUUGUGCUGCUGCUGAUGGGGACUCGCCGUACGCCACUGAGGAGCAUCUCGCCGCAUUGGUUACCUGUCUCGAAAGUCAUAACCAUGAUGCUUUUGGUCUCGUUUUCGAGCGUUCAGAUAAGCAUGUCACGGUGACAGAGGGUGUGGAUGCGCACGCUACACAUCCAGUUGCGGGAUGCAAGGGCGGAGAUGGGUACGCCAGACCUAGGCCGGGAUGUCUGACCUUCACGAAGCUGGCGCAGAUGGGCGCGCGGAGACGUAAUGGCCAAGCUUGUGUCGACAUUAUGGAUACGGUGAUCGAAGAGAAUGGGGAGUGGAUGCAUCGGAGGAUGAAGAGAAAGUAUCCGAAGAUUUAUGAGGAGAUUGAUCGCGCGGUCCAGGCGUGGUAUGAGGUGCUUGAUGAUGAGGAUGGUUGUUGA